CGGAGUCUUUUGACGGCAGCUGAAAUGCCGCAACGUUUGACGUUAGUUUAAUGAAAAAGGAGAAGAUCUGAAGUUAAUGACUGCCAUUGGAAGUGCUGAGCUUCAGGUUCUCAAAAGAAGGUGAACUGGGAAUGGGAGGAUAGUACUCUGAUGAACCGGGAAAGGACAGUGAUGAAGCAAAAACUUUAAGGGGGUUUUCAACAGUCCUCCUUGAUAACAGUGAGUCCAUGAAGUCACUGAUGCUCCGAGCACAGAGUCUCCUUCUGUGACAGUGACACACCUCACCUUCCAUCUUAUUCACAGCUCUUUGGCGGCAGCAACCAUGGCGACUAGCAGUAAUGCCAGUGGAACCCCCCGCCCCCCUCUAGCUCCUCCUAUACCUGCUGCGGCUCCUGCUGCAGCUCCUGAUAAGCCUGAUGUACCCAGUCCCGCAGCAGGCGCAACAACCGCAGGGGGUCAGGCGGGAGCUGGCGGGAAUACACCAGCGACACUCACAGGUGGCAAUUCGACCGUGCCAACAGCAAGACGAUUGAGUGGAUCGUCGGCGUCCUCUAACCAGCGGCCCGAGUUGCUGGCCAGCAGGGGUUCUGCAAGGGGGGAAGAGAUUGGAGUAGGAGGAGGAGGAGGAGGGAAUGCAGGGCUGCCGUCAACUGCAGGAACCUCCAAAGAGGGAGGGGGGGCUGGCAGACCGUCGGGGGGUAGUGUAGAUCAGACUGGAACCCUUAAGGGAGAGACUGAAGUGGGGAGCACAGAUGCUCCCCUCUCUUCCCCUGCUCCUCCUCCUCCUCCUCUUCCUCCUCCUCCUCCUGGUGCUCCUCUUGCUGUUGCUGGAGCUUCUGCCGAUACCACUUCCGUUCCUAGUGGUGCUGCUGGUGUCUUAACGACGGCGGAAAAGGGGGCCGUUGGGCCUGGUGAGAAAGAGCAAAAUGCCCCUCAGGACAACAAGGGUGGCAUUUUUUCAGACACCCCCUGGGAAGGGUGGCGGAUUCGCGACCCCAACUCCACCACCGCAGAUGCUUUCUCGACUUUUCUCUCCCAGCCGGCUCCCCCCCGUGCCCCUACCCCCAAGGAGGGAAGGGUCCAGUGGUUUGUCGUACCCUUGCAAGAGCUCUGCAUGCGUGUCGUGGCCGAGAACUUCGAACAGUAUCCUAACCUUGGCAAUUUGAAUCUCAAGCAGAGCGAGAAGAUCAUAUCGCUUAUGCGGACAGACCUGCCACUAGAACUCGCAGGUCGACUGAUCUCGGAAGAAAUGUAUUGGAGAAAACGAGCCUGUCUAAGGUGGAAGAAUAGCGACCUCCAUGUUCACGGCGGUUCGUGGAAACAACUUUACUUCGAGAAGAACAUAUCGACGGCUCUCGAAACUUUCGAUCCCACAUCGAUGGAUGUGAUCGCUCUGAAGAGGUUGCUGAAAGUUUCCUACUCUUUUGUCCAUGGUCUGACCAUCAACCAGUUGCCCUCUCAUCUAGACCUCUCUGUUGUGAUUGAUAUUUGUUCUUUGCAAUUGUCUUCGUUGGCCUUGACGUACGGAUUGGCCAACGUGGGGAUGGAUUUCGAUCGGUCCUUGUUCGGGAUGAAGGUGUCGGAUUGCCGCUCGCUCGCGUCUGCGCUGACGCGAGCAGAAUGCCUCACCCAUCUUGAUCUCAGCAACAACUUGCUCGAUGACGACAAGGUUCGAGUCAUUGUCGCCGGGAUUUACGAGAAGCGUACUGUCACACACUUGGAUCUGUCGCACAACCAUGUCACCGAAAGAGGUAUGAGGGCCUUGACCAAGAUCCUCGACGCUCAAAGGAGCACCCUGGCUUUCCUCAACCUGUUUGACAACUUCAUUCACAGCGAAGGCGCCAGAACCCUUGCUAAGGUGCUGCCCGCCAACUCGUCUCUGCUCUCGCUCAACCUUGCUCUCAAUCGCAUCUCAGACGACGGGGCUUCCAAGCUAUUUGAUUCUCUUGUCCAGAACAAAUGCCUGGAGAGGUUGUCGCUGAAUAGCAACCUGCUCUCCGCCCAUUCCGCAUUCCCACUCAAGAAUCUCUUGUUGUCAAACUCCUCGGGGCUCAUUUUUCUUGAUAUUUCCUGUAAUGCGGAGAUCGGAUCGGACGGUGGGGAAGUGAUUAGAGAAGGUUUGGACACCAACACCACCAUGAGAGUUCUAGAUGCGAGGCAAUGUAACAUAGGUCAAAUAUUUGAAUCCUCCAUUGACGAAGUCCUGAGGACACGAUACGAUGCGCUCAUCUGGACAGCACUCCUCAAUGGGAAAGUGCAUGUCGCAGACUACGAUAGGAAUCGCUAUUGAAGAAAGAGGAGGCAUGUGAUGACUUCCUUUGAGCGUGUUGUUUCCCUUCCUCUCCCUCACCUUCACUCUCUGUGUCUCCCCUAUUGCUCUGUGGUUGAGAGGUGUAGAACAUCAAUAACUUGUACAUAUUAAGGAGGAUUCAUCAGUCGACUCGUUGGUCAGCAGCUGAACACACUCAAACAUGGAGCAAGUCCGAGCAACGAAAAUGUGAAGGGUGAAAGGAAAAUGGGUGCCUUUCUGUGAAACACCCACUGCAAAAUAGCCCAGCUUUCCCCCCCAAAGAUUCAUCAUGCCAUUCAUGGAUUGGUUGAAGAGAGACACACGUGAAGCAACAGAAUUUUGAACGGUGAAGGACAAAUGAAAUGGUUGCCUUUCG